AUGCCCCCGGCCUCUGUGGCCAGCCUGAAGGGCCCUCCUUGGCCCCCUCGCCCCAGGUGCACGGGGGCCUCACGGCAGAUCCUGCCCAGAGGGGCCGGCCCGGUGGUGGCCAACAUCGAUCCCAUCUUUGACCGGCUGCUGAUCUUCUGGUCCGACCACGCAACCCCGCACCAAGUGAAAGUGCCAGGGCCUUUGCCACCAGGUAUGCCAUCACAGUCUGGUAUUUCGACGCCAAGGAACGGGCCAGAGCCAAGGAGGCACACCAGCGGGCUUCUGCUCAGAAGGAAGGAGCCUCUUCUUGCGACAGGGGCUGACGGCCCACGUGAUGGAUGGAAGACGUUGCCGUGGGAACCUGACUGGCGAGGCCCGCGCCUCACUGGCCAUCCCAGCUGCCUGCGGAUGCUGCCACUGCUUUGGCUGGGAGGCCCCGAUGCAGGGAGGGGGCCCCGGGGAGAGAGGGGCCUCGGGUGCAAGGAGGACCCUGGGCGUGUGUCUCUGUGGUGCGCAGCCGUGCUCUGGCCAGUCUGUAACGCAGCUCCACUUUGCACAUGGGGUGCUAUGGGGCACCCCCUGGCUGGCCCCUCCGGCUGCUGCCCGCAUCACCCCUUUGCGGGUGAGGGGAGAGAGAGAGACUGCGCAAUAAAGAUACCUCAUUUGGAAACGCUCUCGGCUGAUCUCUUGGGGAGGGGGCUUGGGGUUAGAGUGCCCCAGCUGCGCCCCCACGACUGCUGUGCACCCAGGAGGCCCCAUUGUUGGCCCUGUUCCCACGACAGGCGGCGGCAGUUAGGAUCAGGUCAGCCUGGUUUGUUUCUGGUGGGCUUUUGCCUUGGCAGCCCCAGGGAAGACCCCCCCCUUCAUGGGUUGUGGGCUGUUCCUCUGAGCUCUCCUAUCCUUCCUUGGGGGGGGGGGGCUCAGUCUGGAUUGUUGGAAAGACUUCUCUGCCUUCUAGUCCUGGGAAGCCUCCAGAGGGUCCAUGGGAGGGCAGCGGGGGGGGGGAGGGGGAUUUUGGGAGUAGCCAGAAGGGAAGGGUGCAGACAAGGAGGCAGCCAGCAGGUGGAGCCCUUGAGUUGACUUGGACCCCUUGCAACACCCCCCCCCCCCCCCAAUGGCAGGAAGGUUUUUUAAAAAACGAUUUUAUUUUUCCCUUCCAAAUUCAUUCAGAGAUUGGCGGCUUUGGGCCCAACUGCCUGAGGAGUGGUGGGCCGUUGUAUCCUCUCCUCUUGGGGAUGGGAAUGGUCAGAUGGCUGGCCAGGCCCCACAGUGUCCUCAGGGCCUCCUGCGUGGGGGGGCUGAGCUGGCCCAGGGAAUGCUGGGAGUUGAAGUCCACACAUCAGCGUUGCCAAGGCAAGAGUGAGGGCUAGGCUGCCAAUAGACCCUCCCUACGAGGCAGCAAGUGCCCAAACAAGCCGGGAGGGGAUUUGGGGCCUUUCUGUAGGGAAGCAUCUCCUCGCAAAGAC